AUGGAUGGUCUCGACGAGUUCGAGAAGGAGCUGGCUGCCGAGAAGGCAGAACGCGACCGCGCCGAGGAACGCAGAAGUCGCAAGCACCGCCACCACCACCACCACCACAGAGACACGCAUCCAGACCAGCUGGCCGAGCGCCACGGCCACCGGCAUCGUCAUCACAGAUCCCGCGACGGCGACGACGGCGAACACCGCGAUGAGCACCGCCACAAGCGCUCGCGCCACGCAAGAGGAGACGACGACGACCACGGUGUUGAUGAAGAUGGGGAGCGCCGCCGGCAUCGCCAUCAUCGCCGGGACAUCGACCGUGGUUCGAGCAAGCACAGCCAUGGCUACGCCAAGGUCUCGGAUCCGAAGAGCGACCUCCCGCUACCAGACGAGGAGACUGCUGCUGCAGAUUCCCACCCCAAGAGCUUGACGAGAGACGGCUGGAUGACGGAUCCGGCGGCACUGGGAAUCGACUAUACCCAGAGGGGCGCCAAGCGUGAGAAGACCCCCCCGCCGAAGACAGAGCCGACUCGGGCCAUUCAUUCGCGAGAGAUCAACGCCGCGGAACUGCAGCAUCUCAACGAGGGCAAGUCGCUGGAUGACCUGCAAGUGCCCGCCCAGCAUGACGUGGAAUACACCUUUGGAGACGACGGUAGCCAGUGGAGGAUGACGAAGCUAAGGGGUGUGUAUGCCGCUGCCGAGCAGACCGGGCGCCCCGUAGAUGACGUGGCGGUCGAGAGGUAUGGUAGCUUGCGGGGAUUUGACGACGCUCGGGAAGAGAAGAUAGAGCUGGAUCGACGCCAGACUUACGGCGAGGGAUAUGUUGGGAACAUGAAGCCAAGCGGGGAGCUAUUCCAGGAGCGGAAACUCAAGAUGGGUGUCCGCGAGGGCCGGGAACCGUCACCGGAACAUGGAGAACUUGGUCAAGACACCGUACUUCCAGAUAUGCCGGCGGCCCAACCUGUGGCCAGAAUGGACCAGACGGAGCUUAACAAGAUGCGCGCCCAGCUGAUGAAGGCCAAGCUGAGAAAGGCGCCAGAUUCGGCAAAGCUGGAAGCCGAGUACAAUGAGGCGGCUGCCGCCUUCGCCGCACAGGACUCUGACCAGGUUGUCCUCGGCGUCAUGGAGAACAGGUUGUUGGCUGGCACCCGGGGUGAGGCCAAGGCCGUUGAAACCAAGCGGGGGAGGGAGCGCGGCCUCGUGGAGCAGAACGAUGAAAUGACCAUCGAGGACAUGGUGCGAGAAGAGCGCCGUACUCGGGGCCAGAGAGGAGGAGAGGGUCUUCGACUGGCAGAGCGGAUUGCCAAGGACGGCAAGUUCGACAACGAUCUUGAUUACAUGGACGAGAACGCGGAAAAACUGGCAAAGCGCAUUCAGAAGUCCGAGAUCAACCUCCGGAACACGGCCGUCAGCGAGUUCCAGAAGAUCAACAGCAUCCUGGACAAGUGCCAGCUCUGCCACCACGAAGACCGGAACCAGGCACCCAUCGCGCCCAUGCUAUCGUUGGCUACGCGCGUCUACCUCACGCUGCCUACCGAACCCGAGCUUGCUGAAGGCGGAGCCGUCAUUGUGCCCGUCCAGCACCGCACAAACCUCCUCGAAUGCGACGACGAUGAGUGGGAGGAGAUACGGAACUUUAUGAAGUGCCUGACGCGCAUGUAUCACGACCAGGGCCGCGAAGUCAUAUUCUACGAGAACGCUGCUGCGCCCCAUCGCCAUAUGCAUGCUGCCAUGCAAGCCGUACCUAUCCCAUACGAGCUCGGCGACACAGCUCCGGCAUUUUUCAAGGAGGCCAUGCUCUCGGCCGACGAUGAGUGGUCGCAGCACAAGAAGAUUAUCGACACGGGGGCCAAGGCGAGGGGCGGCAUCGGCAAACUCGCCUUUCGCAGGUCCAUCGCCAAGGAGAUGCCCUACUUCCAUGCAUGGUUUACACUUGACGGCGGCCUCGGGCACGUGGUGGAGAACUCGGACCGGUGGCCUCGGGGGGAUCUCUUUGCUAGGGAAAUCAUUGGCGGAAUGUUGGACGUCGGGCCCGACGUCAUAAAAAAGCAGGGUCGCUGGCACAAGGGCGACACCAGGGCCGAUAGAUUCAAGAAGCGCUGGAGGAAGUUUGACUGGACCCGAGUGCUAGCAGAUGGUUAG